UGGCGGCCGCCGCCAUGUCCAUCUUCACCCCCACCAACCAGAUCCGCCUCACCAAUGUGGCCGUGGUGCGGGCACGGCGCGCUGGGAAGCGCUUCGAGAUUGCCUGUUACCGCAACAAGGUCAUGGGCUGGCGCAGCGGAGCGGAGAAAGAUCUCGAUGAGGUCCUGCAGACACACACGGUGUUUGUCAAUGUCUCCAAAGGCCAGGUGGCAAAGAAGGAAGAUCUGGUUAAAGCAUUUGGGACAGAUGACCAAACAGAAAUCUGUAAGAUGAUUUUAUCCAAAGGGGAGCUGCAGGUGUCAGACAAGGAGCGGCACACACAGCUGGAGCAGAUGUUCCGAGACAUCGCCACCAUCGUGGCUGACAAGUGCGUGAACCCUGAGACAAAGCGGCCCUACACAGUGAUCCUCAUCGAAAGGGCCAUGAAGGACAUCCACUACUCUGUCAAACCCAACAAGAGCACAAAGCAGCAGGCCCUGGAAGUGAUCAGGCAGCUGAAGGAGACCAUGCAGAUUGAACGUGCUCACAUGAGGCUGAGGUUUAUUCUGCCAGCAAAGGAGGGAAAGAAGCUGAAAGAGAAGCUCAAGCCACUGAUUAAAGUUACUGAGAGUGAAGAUUUCCAGGAACAGCUGGAAAUGGUGUGCCUUAUUGACCCAGGCUGCUUCAGGGAGAUCGACGAGCUGAUCCGAAGUGAAACAAAAGGGAAAGGAUCCCUGGAAGUGCUCAGUCUGAAGGAUGUGGAGGAAGGAGAUGAAAAGCUUGAAUAACAAAACCUUCCUGCAGCAGAUCUGCUUCAACAACUUCCCCGCAGUGACUGGUGUAGCCACUCUUCUGUUUGACCUUCAUGAUUUUUUUCCAAUCUCUUGCUGCGAAAUAUUUUCUGACACUAAUCCUUUGGGAUUUUUCCAUGCAGUGUGGGUUGGGGUUUUUUUUGUCAUUUUACAUUUGCUUGGUUUACAGAUGUCUUUGCCUGUAAGAAGAUUUUGUGUCAGAGUUGCACUAAUAAGGACAGAGUUAGGGUGUGGUAGGAGGUUACUCUGGUUUUGCUUUAGUUUCAGGGUUGCUGUUGAAGAGUGUUUGAGUGGCUUGGUGCCAGUUGUUUGUACCUUCAGGUUGUCACUGUUGAGUGGGAGAUUGCACUGGUCACUGAGGAGUGGCUUUGUAUGUGAGGAGAGGGACCUUAAAAAAAGAGAGCUGCAUUUUCACUUCUAAACAGGUGCAAAGUGUGGAUCAUGUCUAAAAAUCACUCUCUUGGCAGUGUAAAAACUGAUGUAGGCUUCCAUAAUUGGCUGUUUGAUAAUUAAAGUACUUCAAAGGAC